AAGCAGUAUAGCACCUGGUGACAGAGAAGACUCAGCUGCUGGAAUGGCAGAUGGAGAACCUUCAGGGGAUGGCUUGCUAUUAACUACUGACACCGUCGCACUGGGACCCACAACAACCAUUGCAGUUUGGAGAACUAGUGACCCAAAUCUGCAAACCACCGCCAUCCUAGCAGAAAUCAACGGUUCUGAAAUGGGAAUCACUGCCACUACGGAAGUGAGUGAUGCGGACCCAGCAGAUCUACAUCCUGCUUUGAUAUAUGGAGUCCCUGCCGUGAUGCUGCUCGUCCUCUUGAUACUUCUGGCCAUCUUCAUUGUAAGACGACGUAAACAGAAACAAUCCAAACCAGAUGAACUAGAAAGUGAAAACUGUAAAAGUCCUAUUUUUGAAGAAGACACACCCUCUGUAAUGGAAAUAGAGAUGGAAGAGCUUGAUAAAUGGAUGAACAGUUUAAAACGAAAUGCUGAAUGUGAAUAUUUGCCUCCUGUGAAAGAAGAAAAAGACUGCAAUGCCAACCCAAGUGACUGUGAAUCUUGAAGUCAAGAUGGUGCUAUAUGGAUGAAAGGAAGAGACACGCAAUUCCUUGUAACUCCUGAGACGCUGGAAAUCUCCUUCUCAAAAAGUCAAGGAUGCGGAUGCCUUUGUCCUUUCCUGCUCAUUUUGUUCUACAUAAUGGCAACAUCAACUCUGCAAAACAAAGGUCCUGAAAUUGUUUACUGCUGUGAAAUUCAGGAGUGGGUAGGCAACAAGAGCCUUCCAGCUAUUUCUCU